AUGUCAGAAUUAAUGGCAAUUUGUUCAUUUGCACCACCUGUGGGAAUGAGGCGGAAAGAGUUGCAGGUAUCCACAAUGAUGGCUGCCAGUGCACCCACUCCCAGCAAGGCCAAGUCCACAUCAGAAGCUGUUCCCACUGAUGACGACUACACUUCGGGAAUGUCUCAUUUGACAAUUGGUGUUCAGAUCCAGGAACUAUCGAAACGGCUGCAAAACACCACUGAGGAACUACAUCAGCAGGUGCGCGACAAGCAUGGUGCACUUUUGCAGCAGGCAACGCAUGCGGGUCGCUUCGAUGCUGCACUUAACUCCCUCGCGGAGGAUGUGCAACGAGUGCGGGCCACAGGACAUCGCCUCAAGGGUCAAGUGGACACACAAUAUCAGCUGGUGGAGAAUCAAACGCAAGUGUUGGGUCGCCUGCAUGAGGUGUCGCAUAUGUUGCGCUCAGCGGGCACACUGCUGACCCUGACUGCCAAGCUGAAGAACACAAAGGAUGUGCUGCGACAGGCGGAGCUGCAUUUCGAGCUGGGUCAACUCAUCGAGGACAAGGAGCUGAAGGAUAUUGAGUUCAUACAGGAGGAACGUGCCUAUGUCAUAAGCUCCCGGCAAAAGAUACGCAAUCUAACCCAGAUGCAGCUGGUCACCGGUCUGCAGGAACGUAAUCAAAUGCAGGUCGUCAAUGCGCUGAAGAUCUUUAUAAAUUUCAACACGUUGGAAAAGUCGUUGGAGAAUCUGCUGGCCACCUUCAUAGCGGACAUGGAACAAUCUCUCAAGGAGUGCUUUGCCGGCACAGAUAUUUCCGUGCUGAAUAAAGCGGAUGCAAUGCGUUCACCGACGCACGGAGGCUCCAAUGGUUCCUCGAAGUCUGGUGCGGCACGUGGUCCAGGCAAAGCGCCUCAGUUGACAACAACACAGAAUUUUCGUGCCAAAUUCUGGAAAUCGUUGCAUUGGCUGCUGUACGAUGAGCUCUACGAGAGCUGCACACAGAUUAAGCUGCUGAAAACGGCGCUGGAGCAGAUCAAUCAAUUUGGCUACACAUCGGAGGCAUCCGAUCAAUGCAUUCCACAGCGUUUCUGGCAGCGGGUUCAGCAAUUGUUGCGCAAAUCUUUCGAUGAGUGCCCACAGCACGUGAAUCAAACGCUGCAGGAAGGAUUGUCUAAGCUGUUGACCUCCGCUCGUGGUUUGGAGCAGCGUUUGAAUAAUGAAUUCCAAUUUGAUAAUGAGAUCUUUGCCCCAUUGGAGGUGGGCUAUGUCAGCAAAUGUGCUGCGAAUAUGAAGGCCUGUUUGGCAGGUGUUGAUCUCCCCGGCAAUGAGACGGUGGAUAAUUUUAUAAGGAUCGCAUUCACGGAGUUGAGUGCGGCGCUCAUUGAUAGCCGGUUGAGCAAUACGAUUGCAAAUGUCUUCAUUGCCUGUGGCAAGGAGUUGUGCACCAAGCUGGAGGCACAAAUUAAACUGGGCGCUGACUCGAAGCAGGUUGUCGAUUUGCCCAAUUUGCAGCAGCAACAAAAUACACAGUUGGCAAAUGUCCUUUACUACUACAAGGAUUCGGUGCGUCGCAUGCUGAGCGAUUUGCAGCUGCAAUUUGAGAAGACACCGGGUGCAGCACGUGGCAACAUUGCGCGCUCGCUGGAGCAGGCGGAUCUACUAAUUGGCACCAUUCUACAACAGAUUAUGGAAUCGAUUAUAUCGGCUAUCAGCAUUAUCAUUUUGAGCAUGCAUCGCGAGCCGGGCUUAAAUACGGAUCGGGUGUCCGCAACGGGUCCAUCCAUGUACAUGAAAGAGCUGCAGGAGUUCGUCACUCGCGUCUGGUCGCAUCACAUUGAGCUGUUUGAUGACAAGGAGAUGACUGGCAAAUGUGGCCACGAGCUGGCCAAGCGUUGCAUUGAGCUCUUCAUACACAAUCUGUGCAUAUUGCGACCGCUGAGUGGAGCGGGCAGACAGCGCCUGAAGCAGGACUGCCAGCACAUGGAGCAGGCUUUGAAAUCCCUUUGUCCUAAUCUUGCCGAGCUCGGGAAACCAUCGCGUCUUUUGCGCGCUAUGUCGCUGCUAAUUGUGCAGAGCUCGCAGGAGCUGGUCAAGCAGACAGUUGGCGUCGAUUCCCUGGUGCCCAGUUAUAUAGUGUUGUUGCUUCUCUUUGGACAUGCUGGCGGAGAGCUCCAAUCGCCGCACACCUGUGCAAAUUGGUCGAAUGAACGGCUGAUUGAAUGGCUCGAUGGGCAUACGGCGGAGCGGGAGAAACUGGAGCUGAUAUCGGGCGCAUUGCAGCGCUAUCGUGACAAUGCCAGACGCAAGAAUAUCCAGCAAUACGACGAGAUCUAUCCCAUGAUGGUGGAUUACUUUGAGCAGGCCUUAAAAGCAAUCACAUAAUUUAAAUUUGUAACUGCAAUUGCAAUUUAAUAAUAAAGUAUUUUAA